AUGUACGCCUGGAUUGCCAUUUAUUGCUCGGCUAAUAGUAAAAGUCUAUUGACACGAUUCUUGGGCUCAAAAUUCUUCAUACCGUUGAGUCGACUGUCGUUUUCCGUAUAUUUGACACACAUUUUGGUGGUUUGGUAUUUCGUGUUGGAGACCCGAGAGUUGAUUAGAUUCACGUAUAGAGACUUUGUUUACGCAACCGGUGGCGUAAUCUUGUAUUCAAUGUUUCUGUCGCUACUUCUAUACCUGUUAUUUGAAAGCGUUUGGAGUAAUGUAUUGAGUCUUAUGUUCAAAAAGCAUCCCAAAAGUACGGCUGAAGAGGUGAAGGUGAAGAUGCAGAGGAAUAUCGAUGAAAAUCCGUCCCAAAUAUUCAUUCAUACGGUGAACGGAAAGCCUAUUGAAUCGGACUAUAAUCAUAAGAGACAUAUGGAGACCAAUAAUCAUAAAAAU